AUGUCAGCUUUGAGAGUUCUGGCGGUUGGAGACAACAGCAAUGUGCUGCUGUAUGCGUGGAGGAUUCAGCAGUCGAAAAGUGUGAGUCUGACGCAUGUCAGCGGCGCCAAGUCCGCGGAGUUUCGGAUGGAAACCGCGCAGUAUGGCAGCGACUCUUUCCGGUUCGAAGAGCACUACGAGAGCGUGGAGGCAAUGCUUGAUGGGUGCGAGAAAGGCCAGGCAACGCCCGGCGCCAGGGUUUUUGAUCUUGUGAUUCUCAGCGCCGCGUCUCUCCAGGAAAUGUCGAGUCUCGCGGCGAAGCUGAACCCAGUACUGAACCUCAACACCAAAAUACUCGUGGAGAGCUCCGGAUUCGUGCAUCUCGAGCCGUUCGUCAAGAUGUCGAUUGAGUUCGGACAGCUGAAGGUGUUCUCGGUCAUGUGCGAUUUUGACAUCCGGCAGGCAUCCGCGUCGCGUUUCGCUCAAGCCACCCACCAGACAGGACCCUGCAACCUGUAUUUGGGCGAAUCUGGCGUGAAGGGUGCUACCAAGUAUUCUGCCGACAACAUCGCGCUCUUAGAGACUUUCAAAAGAUUGUUCGUCAAGCUGUUUCCGCGCGACAGCGUGCAUGUGUGCAAUUUUUCGUAUUUGGACUUUCUGUCACAACAAUGGAAGCUUGCGUUACCUCGUAUCUGCUUUGACCCGCUUUUCAUACUCCUAGAGAAUUCGCGUCCAGAACAGCUCAACGAGCAGAUCCUUGCGAAACCUCUUAUUUCCGGCCUAGUCACCGAGAUCAUUACGGUAACGAAGACCAUGGGUACUAAAUUACCUGCUGGGUUUGACAACGAAAAGGAUUUGCUAACGCAAUGGCUGAAAACCACCAACAACGAGCUGCCGCAACUGGCAUAUCAUUUCUUGCAAAACACUGCACCUUUAAACAUCGAUAUGCUACUCUUGCAACCAAUUUUACUGGCUGAUGACUACGGUAUCAAGACCCCGUAUCUUGAAUUUCUGUAUUCAAUGAUGUGCCAGUAUCAAAAAAUAAAUGAUGGAGAAUCUCAAUGGUUUGUUCGCGCAGAUACUCAAUCGGGACUGACCGAAAAACUUUCCAUGCUUGAGCAAGAACAUACCACCCUUAAGUCUCAGUUGAAAUCUGUUCAGAGUACUUUAAUCACGGCAAAGCAAGAACAUGCCACUCAAUUGGACGACAAAAGUAAUCGGGAACAAACUUAUAAAAUUGAAAUCGCAGAUCUUCAACGCCAGAUCGCGAGACUUGGCAGUAAUUUAGCAAAUGAACAACGGAAAGCGAUGGCUCUCGAGUCCGCUCAGAAACAACAACAACAACAGCAACAUAUACUACAACAACACCAGAUACAACAGCAACACCAGAUACAACAGCAACAAGAGCAGUUACAAAAACAUUCACAAGAACAGCCAGAACAGUCACAAAGACAAAAAAAUGGGGAAGUCUCUCAGGCAAAGGCAACUCCUCGAGAAUCUGUUCUUUACUCCUCCACUGGAACCCCAAACUUGCGUGACAUUGAAGACAUUGCUUUAUAUGGCGUUCAAUUUGAGACGUCCCCAUCACAACAGGCACCUGUGAGAAGUGAAUUGGCCUCCACUAACGUAAGAGACGGUAUAACAUCUAAAGGGGAUACCGCUUCAGGUCCUCAGAUUUCAAACGACAGUAACAGCAGCGAAGGUGACACAACCUUGCGCGAACGCGAGUUAGAAUUACGCAGAAGAGAACUUGAGUUGCAAGAAAAGGAGAUAGAGCUUCAAAAAAGAGCUGCGUCAAGACCUAGACCUACCAAAUUUCACAGUGGUCCCCCACAGCUUCAACACAUAGGUCAAGGGCCUAUUCCAAAUGGUCAAGGGCCUAUUUCAAAUGGUCAAGGGCCUAUUUCAAAUGGUCAAGGGCCUAUCUUAAAUGGUCAAGGGCCUAUCUUAAAUGGUCAAGGGCCUAUUUUAAAUGGCCACGGGUCUAUUCCAAAUGGACAUGCGCCAAGGAAACCAUCAUAUGCACAAAUAUCGUCUCGAAACAACAGGCAAAUGCACGGUGCUGCCCAAGUUGGCAGUAACAACAUGGCUGAUCCCAUGAGCACGCAAAGUUUCAAUGGAUCGAACACUGGAAUCCCAAGUUCUUUAGGACCCGCAAUGGGUUCUCCAGUGGGCCCUCAAAGCCAUCAUUCACACCAGUUUAAAACAACCAGUCGUAAGAACAGACGGAGCAACAUGCCUAAUUUACGACAUGCGUCGAGCGUGGACGUAUUGUCAAUGGCAGGAACUGGAGCGCCGCCACCUAAUGCUGCCCAGCCGGCUGCUGGAAACAAUUCAGGAACGAGACUAAGCUCAAUGAUGGGUAAUGGACAACCGCCUCAAAUGAUGUCCAAUAGAUUUCAAAAUGGGAGUGGGUUGCAAUUGAGCAGUCCAACAAACUCUUCUGCCCCAGGAUUUAAGUCAGCAGGUCCACAAUCAGCUGGCUCUGGAUCUUUUGUGCCUAAUCAACAGAGACAAAUAAGCUCCAGUACUGUCAUUGCCGACGGCCACACACCGCAUGCUAAUACAUCCUCGCAUACCGUGUUACAUAACCCUGUUGCGCAGCAUGUUUCUCAAGGCAAUUCUAGCGACUCGUCACUGUCAAACGAUUCGCCUUCUGCUAUGUCGCCAGAUGACAACACUAAUGUCAGCGAUCCAUCUCCGAUAUCUGCUGUUCAGAAUGAAGGGUUUGAUCUUGCUGCUAGUGAAUCGGGGAAGAAGAAAUCCAAAUUUGGUUUAUUCGGUAAAAAGAAGGAAAAGAAGGAAAAGAAGGCCAAGAACUGA